AUGGCGAUGGAGUUCCAGAGCAGCGAUGACAUAUCCUGGGAUCUUUCGGAUUCAGUGAAGAGGAGCGAAGCAUUCCUCAGUUUGUCUAGCGGGAACCGCGAUUUCCGAAUGGUUGACCUGUGGAUAAUUACCUCAAGUGAUGGAAAGACGGGCCAGGAGAAGGUACUGGAAGCGGCAGCUGGUAUGGUUAUGGUGGUCGAUGCCGUCUUUCGGGGAAGAUGA